AUGACUGCUGAACAAAUUAAAGCGUUAAAAACUAAGCGCGGUAAUGCCAAGCGAUCGUUAACGACAUAUGAAAACUUUCUAAAGAAAUUUGAUCCGUCGAAAGAUUUUCCAAUCCUUGAGAAGCGGUAUAAAGAAAUUGAGACGGUUCGGAAAUUAUUUGAAGAAUAUCAACUUGAAUUAGAGGCACUUCUUGAGGAGUCUGAAGAAUUAACCGCAUAUCGCACCGAAUUCGAAAAUCUAUAUUAUGAAACUUACGCAAUCGCGACGAACCUUCUUUCAGAACAACGCAAGCGAGACACUUCUUUGGUUUCGUCUCCAACAACCUCGAGUCCUUCUGCAACCUCCAGCUCGUCACUCUCGGUAUCUCAAGGCGUUGUAUCGUCAAUUGCAGCUCAGCUUGUUAAUACCGUUCCUAUCCCUUCUGUAACUAUCUCUCCUUCGAAUCAAUUGGCUGUGUUAUCAACUCCCACACCGGUUAAUAACAAUUUUACCGCACCUCAUGCAUUUAACCAUCCUAUGAGUAUGUUACCUGCUUUACCGACCAUCACUCUACCUACCUUUAGCGGGUCCUUUGACACUUGGUUGGGAUUUUAUGAUCUGUUUAACUCGUUGGUCAACGAGGAUCACAAUAUUCCACCUAUACGAAAAUUAAUCUACCUAAAGGGUUGCUUAACUGGCGAAGCGGCCAACGUAAUAUCUUGUCUUGAAACGUCAUCUCAAAACUACGAGGUAGCGUGGGGCUUACUAAAAGAACGGUACGAUGACAGAAGAUUUAUACGGGACAGUUACAUAAAAUCUUUGCUGGAUACUCCUCCAAUCUCAAAGGAGUCUUCUAUCCGAUCAUUUCUUGAUCACAUACAACGGCAUCUGCGUGUCUUAAAUCAGCUUGGUGAGCCCACCGAUUAUUGGGACUCAUUAUUGAUCGUGCUAUUCGUAAGCAAAUUUAACAAUUUUAUGCGGGAGCGAUGGGAGGAAUUCAGUUGUGGCGUAAGUAAACCCACAAUGAAGCAGAUGCUUACCUUUUUAACAAAGCGCGCUCAACUUGAAGGUUCUAGGGCUCAAGCACCUGCGCCUCCUCCAAAUAAUUCUAGGCAAGCACCGUCAAACGGACGAGCUCAAUCGCGUUCUCAGCAAUCGUUCGCAGCUUCUACCUCUCAAAAUCGCUGUCUCUAUUGUCAAGGUGGCGAUCAUUAUAUCUAUUCGUGUAAGGGCUUCGCAGCUUUAUCACCGUUUGCUCGCUAUGAAGCGGCAAAAGGGUCUAAUUUAUGCACUAAUUGUCUUCGUAAGGGUCAUCACUCUUCACAGUGCCCUUCAGGAAAGUGUCAAGCGUGUGGUUAUAGACAUCAUACUCUACUUCACUUCGAUAAAUCAAAACCUGAAAUGCCGCCUUUGAAUGCAUCUGCGACGGCCUUCGAUAUGCCUAAAUCGACUAUAAAUAUGCACGCUCAGGUCUCAUCUGAAGCGUUGCUAGCUACAGCUAUUGUGGACCUUGUAAAUAAGCAAGGAAAAAUCAGGCAAUGCCGAGUAUUCCUGGAUGCAGGAUCUCAGGCGCACUUUAUCACAGAAAAGGCUGCUAAGUUCUUAAAUCUGGAUAAAAGGGCGGUAAACAUCUCAGUAACUGGGGUGGACAACACCUCUACAAGUGUCAAACACUCUGCUCGCGCCACUUUAAAAUCGCGUCAUAGCAAAUUUCAAAAAAUUGUUGAAUUUUUAAUUGUUCCCCAGAUCAGCCAGUCAAUGCCAUCCAUUGCCAUUAAUGUAACUCAGCUCGAAAUACCUAAAAAUAUAUCCCUCGCGGACCCAGAGUUCUAUAAGCCGUCUGAGGUCGAUGCUCUGAUCGGAGUGAAGCUCUUUUAUAAGCUCCUUAGUGUGGGACAAAUUUCCCUCAAAAAUCAUCCCGACGCUGUUCUGCAUAGAACGCUGCUUGGGUGGAUAGUUGCUGGGGAAAUAAACAGCAAUUUGAGCGUUUCCAACGUGUCGUGUCAUCUUAAUUUAAACUCACCAUCGUCUGAUAUCUCUUUAACCCGAUUUUGGGAGGUGGAAGAAAUUCCGUCUGUUGCAAUCUUAUCUUCGGAAGAAAAGGCUUGUGAAGAGCACUAUAAGCUUCAUACCACUCGGACUGUAGAGGGUCGGUAUGUAGUUCGCUUGCCGUUCAACAGCAAAAAGAGCAGACUAGGCGAUUCAUAUUCGUCAGCCUUAAAAAGAUUUUUUGCGCUAGAAAGGCGUUUCCAACGAGACCAUGCAAUCAAGCAUGAUUACCUCGAAUUUUUGCGGGAGUAUAAAGAGUUGGGUCACAUGUCGGUGUCCGAUGACUUAUGUGAAGAUCAUUUAGGGUUCUAUCUCCCUCAUCAUGCUGUCCUAAAGGACGACAGCAUCACUACCAAGAUCCGUGUAGUCUUUGACGGUUCUGCGAAAACAUCUACGGGAAUUUCCUUGAAUGACACUUUAAUGGUUGGUCCACAACUUCAGGAUAGUUUAUUUACAAUACUCACUCGUUGGCGAUCUCACCCUUACGUGCUCACUGCCGACGUAGAGAAGAUGUACAGGCAAAUCCUCGUACACCCCGAGGAUGCAAUCUACCAAAAAAUUCUGUAUCGCGAAACCUCUCAAGAGCCCAUUAAGACCUGUUUGCUGAGCACAGUCACCUAUGGCACUGCUUGUGCGUCUCACUUAUCAGUGCGCACCCUUCAUCAACUUGCUUACGAUGAAGGUCCUGCAUACCCUCUGGCUGUCAUCGCUCUGCUGAGGGACUUCUACGUCGACGAUUUGUUUACCGGCGCUAAAACUCUCGCAGAAGCAGAGUGCAUACGUGACGAAUUAAUUAAUUUAUUGAAAAGGGGCAAAUUCCGUCUUCGCAAAUGGGCCUCCAACGAGCCUGCCCUUAUCCAAAAUUUACCUCAGGCCUCAGAGGGAACCCACAUGUCCCUGGAUCCUGACGCUACCAUCAAAACUCUCGGUAUACGGUGGAGUCCUCGGGACGACACACUCUUCUACACUAUUAGCGCGCCUGCUUCCGAGGCCACUACCAAGCGUGCAAUUUUAUCACAAAUUGCGAAACUAUUUGAUCCACUAGGCCUCCUUGGCCCUAUAAUUGUCUAUGCUAAGAUAAUAAUGCAGCUUUUGUAG